AUGAAGCAGCUCACCUUCCGCCCGAAGGACGAGUCGCCGGAGGAGGUGGAGCAGGCGCGGCUCGCCGCCGUCGAGGCGCUGCGACGGCUGGAGGAUGAGGACCGCGCGUUCGGGCCGAUCAGCCUGGGCCGAAGGAGCGCAGAACGCCAGAGCGGCGUCGAGUCCGUCUCUUGUGUCAGCAAGAAACAGGCGUGGCGUGUGAGAUACGUGAUGGAGAACGGCCCAGGCAAAGGCACCAAGAAGCAGCUCACCUUCCGCCCGAAGGACGAGUCGCCGGAGGAGGUGGAGCGGGCGCGGCUCGCCGCCGUCGAGGCGCUGCGGCGGCUGGAGGAGGAGGACCGCGCGCUCGGGCCGAUCAGCCUGGGCCGAAAGAGCGCAGAACGCCAGAGCGGCGUCAAGUACGUCAAUUGGGUCAGCAAGAAACAGACCUGGGGUGUGAGAUACGUGAUGAAGAACGGCCCAGGCAAAGGCUCCAUGAAGCAGCUCACCUUCCGCCCGAAGGACGAGUCGCCGGAGGAGGUGGAGCGGGCGCGGCUCGCCGCCGUUGAGGCGCUGCGGCGGCUGGAGGAGGAGGACCGCGCGCCAGGGCCGGUCAGCUCGGGCCAACACAGCGCCGAGCGCCAGAGCGGCGUCGAGUACAUUCACUGGAAUAGAACAAGGCAGGCGUGGAGUGUUGAUUACCACAUGCAGAGCGGCAAAAACCAAGGCACCACGAAGCAGCUCACCUUCCGCCCGAAGGACGAGUCGCCGGAGGAGGUGGAGCGGGCGCGGCUCGCCGCCGUCGAGGCGCUGCGACGGCUGGAGGAGGAGGACCGCGCGCUCGGGCCGCGCUGCGGCGGCUGGGGGAGGAGGACCAGCUCGGGCGAGCCCGCGGUGGCAGUUACGACUGGGUGGAGCGUCAAAGCGGUGUCAAGGACAUACACUGGCUCAAAGACCGACAGGCGUGGCGUGUUGAGUACCAGAUGCGGAAUGGCGCAGACAAAGGCACCAUGA